AUGACUGGAUCAAUUAGUCCGCCACCAACGAAAAGGAGAAAGGUACGAGCGGAAUGUGGAAACUUGACAGACUUCGGGGCAACGUUGGAAACAUCUACCACUACUGCUGCAUCAGAUCCAUCAGAUCAACCUGUUCAUAUAAUCUCCUGGAACAUCAACGGCAUCACCCCUUUCGUCCGACACCACCUGACCAAGCCAAUCACCAACUAUUUCUCAAAAUCCCCAAAAUCAGUACGCAUACCAAGCUCACAAUCUGGACUUUCGCAGCCACCUUCUCUCAGAGCAUUCCUGUGCCGCCAUAACUACCCACACCUGCUCUUCCUCCAAGAAGUCAAGAUCAACAGCAAAGACGAAGCAACGCAACGCGCCGUCCAAGCAGCCAUCAAUACUCCCGAAUCAUCCGAAACCGCUCAGCUACCACCGACCUACACGGCCCACUUUACACUUCCCUGCGACCCGCAUAACGCUCGUGGCUUUGGUGGCAGGAUUUACGGCGUCGUUAGCAUAAUUCGGGAUGACUUCGCGGACAGAUGCGUUUCUGCCGUCAGAACUGUGGACUGGGACGUCGAGGGUCGAGUCAGCAUCGUCGAGAUCACCUCUCCACAACCGCGUCACCCAAUACCAUCACCACUACCACCGUCAGCCAAACCCAGCGCUCCCAGGCCCGCAAGCAGUCAUGAUGACAAGCCCUCUACAGCCCAUCCCUCAAACAUAGCAGUCUUCAACAUCUACGCCGUCAACGGCACAAACAACGCAUACAAGGACCCAAAAACAGGCACCACGUGCGGCACGCGCCACGACCGCAAACUCGCCUUCCACAAGCUACUCAUGGAGGAGAGUCUGCGCUACGAGGCCCGCGGCUGGGCGGUCAUCCUCGGCGGCGACAUGAACGUUGCACCUGCACGAAUCGACGGGUAUCCGAAUCUGAGGACGUAUCCGCGCGAGCACAUUGUCAAUCGCGCGGACUUCAAUACUAGAUUUCUGCUAGGAGAGGACAUGAAAGCGUUGGGUGGUAACGAGGAUGGCGAGCAUGUGUUUCAAGGUAUCGAUAUCUGGCGCACACUUCACGGUCCAGAAGCAUCGGGCUAUACGUAUUACCCGCGUGGAACGGCAUGGGGCGCGAGUUGUGAUCGGGUGGACUAUUUCGUGAUUAGCAAGGGAUUAUAUGAAGAAGGUAAGGUUGUAGAGGCUGAGAUCCACGCGAAUGCGCUAGAGAGAGGGCCUAGCGAUCAUGUACCCAUCUCGAUGGUGCUGAGUUUGAGAUAG